AUGCUUUCACCAAUCUCGUCUCUCCUGAUUCCUUUGGCCUUUUCUGCUCCAGCAUUUCCGCCACCCGCAGAGCUCACUCAAGGCAUCAUCAACGCUAAUAUAAGUUUGAUCGCAGGUGGUGGAGCUCCCAAUGUCUCGAUCAUUCUGAAUAUCACCAACGGGGUGUAUGAUACUGGUGAUCGGCCACUGAACGAGACUCUGAGUGUUAUUGAGAAGAUCGCAGCACAAGAAGAAGUGCACGUUGCGACCGUAUCAGGCAUUUUCCUCGAAAGCAAGCAGUCUCCUCCAGUGACGGCGUGUAACUACACAUUUCCAGUCACGAACUUCGACGAGUUCCUUUCUGUCGCAAAUCUCAUCACUUGUGCCAACUUUGGCAGCAUCAUCGGCAUCCAAGAACAACUUCCUGGAAGCACAGCAAGCGGACCAGCUGGAACGAGCAUUCUGGCAACUGAGACGAGACAUGAUUCCUUCCUCCGUAUUCUUCAUGGCAUUGCGCCAAAUCCAUCGCCAUUCGAUACAGCAGUACCUGCAGCAUGGGCCUACAACGUCGGAUUGCAGUUCAUCGUACCAGGCAGUUGUGGAGUAGAGCCCGCGUAUCCCGCGUACCCUCAACUCACCGUGACUUCGAUGGAAGGUCAGAGUUUCGCUCAUGAUACCUCGUAUCCAUCAUCUGUGUCUUUCGCUUGGGAUCCACAGCAAGCAUGGGUUCCCAUGUACACAGAAGUUGUUGUCAAUGGGACUGGGAGUGGAUCAACGAUGAUUCCGAAGAACAUGAGUGGGAUGGCAUUCAUGGCACUGACUACGAUGCAACCCGCCGAUUUCACUAAUCUUGGGGAUGCGACACUUGUUGGUCCUAUUGGUAUUUCGAUAUCUUAA